AUGGGUGUCUUCAGACCGGGCCGAGCGAGGUCCCUGGUCCUCGCGAUGCUCGCUCUGAUCCUAGUGUGCACGGUCUAUCUCUAUUGGAGUCCAACCAGCGCGUCCUCGACCGUCUCCGUUGUCCCGAGCACGGCCUUCGAGGUACCCUUGGCAGAACGUCAGAAAGAUUUCUGGAAAGCCCUCCAACCCAUUAUCGAGCGACAUAACCCGAAUUGUCCAUCGCCGGAGAAACUGGACGAUGCCAGCGGCCUCCACUUUGACCCUACGAACGACCAGCCUCGGCCUGAUCUGACCCGGAUGAGCGAGGAGAAUGUGAAAUCAAUGGAGCUCGCCCAUGCCGCUUUCCUCGAGGAUGUAAAGCACGCCGAAAAAGACCUCAAACCUGUCCAUACACCCGGGAAGCGGGGAUUGGUGUCAACAGCUGGUGCGACCUACCUUCCAGUCUUCGUCUCCUCACUCCGCAUGCUCCGCCGAGCGGGGUCAACAUUACCGGUGGAAGUAUUUAUGAAAGAUGCCGGGGAAUACGAGAAGCGUGUGUGCAGUGAAGUGCUUCCCAUGCUCAAUGCGCAAUGUUUAGUGUUGGGUGACGUCGUGGGCAAGAGCGUCAUCGAGCAUUAUCAGCUCAAAAUAUUUGCCGUGCUUUUCUCCUCCUUCGAGGAAAUCGUUUGGAUGGAUGCGGACUGCUUCCCACUGGGCAAACCGGAGGAUCUACUCGACUCGGAUCCCUUCAAAUCCAAUGGGCUAGUGACCUGGCCAGACUUCUGGGCUUCCUCCGCGUCUCCUUUGUACUACAAAAUCUCGCGUCAAGAAGCGACACCCAUGACGGUGCGCCAAUCUUCGGAAACUGGGAUUUUCUUGGUUUCGAAAAAGACGCACAUGCUUUCGCUUCUGCUCGCUGCGUAUUAUAAUUAUUAUGGCCCGUCGCACUACUUCCGACUGUUAAGUCAGGGUGGUCCAGGAGAAGGUGACAAGGAGACGUUUCUACAGGCCGCAGCCGCUACCGGUGCCCCAUUUUAUGCUGUCAGUGAGAGAGUGCAGGCGAUUGGGCAUUCGACUAAAAACGGUCUGUCUGGUUCUGCAAUGGCCCAGUCAGACCCACGCGAAGACUUUGCGCUCACUACGAAAGACAAAUGGCGAACCAAAGACCCAGCGGUUGCCCCGCCUCCGCCUAUCUUCUUCGUUCAUGCCAAUUAUCCGAAAUUCAAUCCGGGAGACAAUGUCUUCGGUUCGAAUUGGGAAACAUCGCCUACCCUGAAAGCAAGACGGCGAUUCGGUCAGGAUGCGGAGAGAGCCUAUUGGGAAGAAAUUAAAUGGGUGACCUGCCAUCUUGAAGGCUCGUUCAAGUCGUGGGAGCACAAGGCUGGUCUUUGCGUGAGGGUUGAAGAAUAUUGGCAUAACGUCUUUGCCGAAACGCACAAUGAUGACCCGAAGUUCACCCAAGACGGCUAA